AUGCAUCCAGCUUACCACCACGCUGCCACAGUGCAGUAUGCACACCCGCAACAAGCGCAGCCGGCAUUUCAUCCCACCGCUGCCCAGGCUGCAGGAGGGUUCACAGCGGGCCAGCCUGCGGUGCAAAGCUUUGCCGGAGCCCCCGGACAACCACAGUUCACUUUCUAUACGAACACACCCGGCGCGAUGCCAUCGCAGCCACUUGGUGGGUUCCAAGUCGCUGGGUUUCCAGGCACUCAGCCCCAGGUAGCUAUGGGCAUGGUUCCCACCGCUCAGACCGCAAUGCAACUUCCCCCUUCGGUUAGCUACAGCCCAGCGUAUCCCCUUGCAGCCGGAGUGAUGCCUCCACCAGCCCACAGCAUUGUACAGACCAGUCAGGGUCAUCAACCUGCAGAAAGCGCCCAGUCCGAGAGCAGCUACGAGUCGAGCUCGGAGGAGGAGGCUCAGGAGGGCAUGGAGGGCCAGGGCGAUCAGGGUCAGCACGACGCCAAGGCGGAGAGUGAAGGCAUUGCAGCGGCGAAAGCGGAAGAUGCAGAAGAGCCUGAUGUAGUGACGGUUCCUUCCUCAGUGCCCUCUUCCGUGUCAUUGCCACCACCCUCCAUGCCCACGUCUGUGCCGCCCUCUAUUCCGGCGUCGAUGCCGGUCUCGGAGCAAAAGCCAAUGUCGGAGGAUUCUGUCAACAAUGCCAACUACCAGACAGUGUAUGGGGCAGCGCCAGGUGCUCCUGAGGAUGUGAACUUGCAGACGCGGCUCUCCAACUCCAAGGAGGCACUCAAACUUCCUCUGGGAGCAAAGCCCGCAGACGAGCGCUUGGACAAGUUCCUCUUUGGCCAUGGAUAUGCCAUCGCUCGGGAGGUGCUGCCGCCAAAAGCCAGCCUUCCUGCUGGAGCACUUGGCAAAGGUGCCUUUGGCGUUGUUUAUCGUGGUUCCCGCCGACGUGACAACACUGAAGUCGCCCUGAAGGUCUCAGAGAAUGCUUCGUCGGCCGAACCGAUGCUUGAGCAGGAGAUCAACAUCCUGAAGCUCUUGGAUCACCCAAGCAUUGUCCGCUUCAUGGAAGCCUUCGUCGACAGAAGCAGCGACUCCAUGGUCAUCGCCAUGGAACUUGUCACCGGGGGCGAUCUGCUUUCCUCUCUGACUGGUGAGCCGCAGAUCUACGAGCUGGGCUCGAGGGGGCAAUCGUUUUUCCUUUACGAGAGCAGACUGCGGCUAAUGGCCGCUUCCAGCGGAAGAUGGAUGCAAAGACUCGGACAGAUCUCGCGAUGUCUUUGCAGUACCGAGUGCAGCGCCACCGAGGGCUUCUACAGCCUCGUUGCCAACGACAUCGAUGGGAAUCCUGUCCAGUUCGCCGGCAUGCAGGGCCGUGCCGUGCUGGUUGCCAACGUGGCUUCACGAUGA